AGCCGAUCCAUUCCGAAUGUGUUACCCGCAGAGUCAUGCUCUGCACCUGCACACACCAACAUCUAAGAAAAUAACAUCAUAUGAAAAUGAAUACGGAUCGUUUUAGCCUCACAGUUGACGAGUAUUUAGCUGACACGAAUGUCCUGUUGUAUCUCAAUGAUGCAGUCACACAACUACUUGAACAUAAAGAGGAAUACACCCAAUUUGGUGUGGUCAGAUAUUUUGCAGAAUAUUUUACCAGUGUGAAGAAUGGAAAUCAUGUGCUCUUCAGGGAGUUUAAUUACAUCAAGGCAACGCCUCAUAAUAGAGUGUCCUUCAUUCACAUAUUCUGGAAAUGCUUCAGACAGAUUGGAAAAAAUGGAGAUUUAUUGUCAAUGUCCGAGUACAGUUCACUCUUACAGCUGUUAUGCCCAGACUUUCCAGUUGAGAUGAUACAAAACACAGCCAGGAUUGUCCUGAUGGAUGAUGCCAUGGACUGUCUAAUGUCAUUUUCAGAUUUUAUCUAUUCAUUCCAAAUCCAGUUCUAUUAUGAAGAGUUUGUGGAGAGCGUAUCCAUGAUAUACCAAGACCUGCUCUCUGGGAAGAAUCCAAACACUGUUAUAGUUCCAACUUCUACAUCAGUGGAGCAAUUAUCCAGCACAGCCAAUGAGAAGCCAGAUCCUCAGGAAGGUGUAGACUCAUCCAUCUUAUGUGAAUGCAUAGAAGCACUUUGCGAGAGGUUCAAACACAAACAUCCCUCGACAGCUGCUAUUAAGGAAAUACUAGAGAGCAGUCAGCAGGUGUCUUUCUAUGGCUUUCUGAUGGCCUUGGCCAAACAUGAGGGAAUAAACCAAGAAAUCGAUGCUCUUCCAAAUAAAUCGGACCUGCUGAUUGAUCCAGAGAUGGACCAGGAGCUGGAGAGACUCAUAGCUCAAGUGGCCAUCAGCCCCACAUCUAACAGCAGCAGCAGUGCCGUAGGACAGAAGGACUCGUCCAAAAAAGCCUCGCCCCGCAAAUCCCUGCAUCAACGCAAGAGGAUUGAAAUGGAGAGCGAUGGUUCAACGGAGGAGACAGACUCCUCGGAGAAUUAACACAUGUGGAUUGUUAUUACUUCUUUUAUGAUACAACGUUAGUUCUGGUUCACCAUUUUGAUUAGGCAACUGGGGCUGAUAUCUUGUAUGCAUUGGGAUGUUAGGCAAUGGGAUGUAUUUAUUGUUUGCAUCACUUCGCACUGUAUCACUAUACUUUUCCUAUUGUAGUUUCAAAUAAAAUUAAACAAAAUAACUGG